AUGUCCCAUCCUGACAAAAAAGACGGCUAUGUCGACGCCCUCGAUGCCGUCGACGCCGAAAGCGCCAGUUCCCCCGACAUCUUGGCUGCUCUGGUUGCCGAGGAUCACCAACAUGAUAUCAAGCUACGCACCAUGUCGUGGCACAAGGCGGCCUGGUUGCUCGCAGGAGAUCAGGUCUGUCUUGCCAUCAUGGCCCAGUCAUGGUCUCUCUCCGUUUUGGGCUGGGUUCCAGGAAUCAUCACGAUGGUGGUUGCGGCUAUCUUCUUUUGGAUCACCUCCAUUACUAUGCACAAGUACAUCAUGAAGCACCCCCAAAUUAUGGAUAUCUGUGAUUUUGGAUACUACGCCUUUGGAGAGAGCAAAAUUGCCUACAUCUUUUCCGGAUUCAUGUUGCUCGCCAACAACAUCAUUCUUAUCGGCUUCCACAUCCUUACCGGUGCCAAGGUCAUAAACACUCUGUCCGAUCACUCGCAGUGUACUGUCGUCUUUUCGGUGAUUGUCAUGUUGAUGGGUAUCGUGCUGUCCAUCCCAAGGACACUGGCCCAUGUCUCGUUCAUGUCCAUGUUCUCAGCCUUCUGCAUGGGAAUGGCCAUCCUCCUCUUCCUCAUCUUCGCCGGUAUCGAGAAAGCCCCUCUGGUCGGAUACAAUGGAAACUACCCCUCCGACGGCCCAGUGAGAACCUACGCCUUUCCUCUCCCCGGCACCACUUGGGUCGCAUGCUUGAACGCCGUCUUGAAUAUUACUUUCCUCUGGGUUCCUCAGAUCUUAUUCCCGAGCUUCAUCGCCGAGAUGGAAAAGCCACAGGACUUCCCUAAAUCUCUCGCCAUCCUCACCGUCAUCUCUAUCAUCCUAUUCAUCGUGCCCCCGGCCAUUGGAUUUAGGUAUCUGGGCCAAUAUUCCACCGCCCCUGCAUUCGGCAGUCUGGGCGUCGUCAAAUACAAGAAGGCGUCCUUUGCAUUCGUCAUUGUCCCCACCCUUAUUAUCGGCGUCAUCUACGCCAACGUCACUGCCAAAUUCAUCUACACCAGGAUCAUGCGCAAGUCGAGGCACGCACACAGCAACACCGUCGUUGGAUGGGCCGUCUGGUUCCUCGUGAUGGGCGCCAUCUGGGCUGUUGCUUUCAUCUUCUCCGAGGUCGUCCCGAGCAUGGGAGACUUCCUCUCUCUUCUCGGUGCGGCUUUUGACUCCUUCUUUGGCUUUAUCUUCUUCGCUGUUGCCUAUUGGCAGCUCUUCAGGGGGAAUCUGUUUACCGGUCUCGGCAGGACGGUUAUGACUUUGAUCCAUUUUGUUGUUCUGCUUAGCGGGUUGUUUCUGCCUGGCCCGGGACUUUAUGCGGCUGUUGAAGCCAUCAUUGCUGAUUACACGGCCGGCGUUUCGCCGGCUUUUAGCUGUGCCAAUUUAGCCAUCUAGACUUGGGCUUGUUGAGUCAAUUUGAGGUGUGUAUAUAUAGCCCUUCAUGAAGAUUUAUGUUCAGAACAAUCUAGUAUCUCU